AUGAAUGACUCAGAGGCGGGUUGUAGGCUUGACCACUUCACCGUUGGAGGAGCCUUUGCGCGUUGGUUGGAUUGGAGAGCUCUUUUAGAGGGCUCACACCUCGGCUCGAGUCAACUUCCAUUACUCCAGUCCUUAUCGAGAAAUGCCCGUAUAAAGCUUGAAACAUGCCGAGCCAACCUGGAAAUGUUCACUGAAAACUAA